AAGAUGAAGAGCAAUUAGGCAAAAAGGUGAGUGUACCGCAAAAGAAAUCGGCUAGUUUUGGGUAGCGUGUGUAUUUGGGGAUAGUUGCGGACCGCAAUGGCAAUUGCUUGUCCACUUGCUAGCUCUCACGCUUAUCUUGGUUUUGACGAUUUCAGACUAACAGUACCUUUUUUCGUGCAGAUCACUCCACCUAUUGUCAACAUUCCUGCCGACAUUCAAUUAUCCGAGAAAGGACAUCAAGCUUAUUCUGAUGCAUUGGAAAAUGAAGGAUGUGGUGAUGUAGUGAUAAUUCCACGUCAUGGCAGAAAAGAAUACGUCGUGGAUUACAAGCACGUCAAGAAUGUUCUGACAGAUUCUCAAAACUUCAGCUUUGAGCGUGCAGUAACGAAUAUGUUACACAUGGAGUUCAUGUUAUGGUUCAAGAAUGGCACUUUUGUUCAAGAAUUAGAUGGUUUGGUGCAAGAUGGUGUAACGCCAAGAUUAAAAGCCGUUAUUGAAAAAGUAUCGCCAAUCUUCUCACGCGAAGCAAAUGCUAUCAAAAAUGCUCAAAAGCAGGUAAAGAAUGAUACGAUUGUGAUUGAAGACGUAUAUGAAUGGGUUCAUCAUACAAUCGCUCAAGCAAUGGUAGUCUUAAUCCUGGGUGAAAAGUACCUAUCGCCAACGAUGACAGAGCACUUUAUGGCGAUCACUGUUGCUAUUUCACAUCUGGCUGGGAUUUAUGAGAAUACACAAGGAUGGAGAAACUUUCCAUCGUUUUGGUCAUUAAAGACUACGCUACAGGCAAUUUUUGGAACUGUUGUACCAAGAUUUUUCUUUGGCAUCUUGCCAACGCUUUGGAAGAACAGAUUUGCACAUUUGAACCAUGGUAUUGAUGUUGAACACAACGAAUAUGCACCAUUUUUCGAUUUGCUAGCAUCAAAGCAUCGAAACAAACGAACUGGAACGCUUUCAGUUUGGAACUUUUUUUGGUGUGCAACAGUUUCGCUUGGAAUCAUUUUUGCCAGUAUUCAUCAAACGGCAGUUGUUGCAGUUUGGUGUGUGAUGGUUCUUUCGCAAAAGCAAGACGAAUAUCUGCAAGAAUUACGCAAAGAAUGGGAAGAAUUUAUCGAACAUGAUGAUGAAGGGAACUUGCAUCUUACUGUUCAUAAUUUACGUGACUUAGUCAAAACUGACUCGUUUAUCCGUGAAGUGAUGCGUACAAAAGGUGAUACAUUUGCACCUGUUCGGUAUACUACCCGUGAUGUUCAAGUUGGUCGAUUUGUUAUUCCAAAGAACAGUCUUUGUGCACCUUAUGUGAAGAGGGCACAUGAGCAUUUUGACAAUUAUGGAGAAAAAGGAGCAGAAUUUGAUGGUUUUCAAUGGUAUUAUCAGAACAAGCCUGCCGUUCAAGGAGGACAUGAUUUUAUCAGUUUUGGACUUGGCAGAUGGGCAUGUCCUGGACGUCAUUUAGCGAUUGCUGAACUUAAAAUGGUGAUUUUAAUGCUUUUCGCUCAUAAUGAUGUGCAAAUUCGAAAAGAUACAUUCCAUGUCUCUGAUCCAAUGAACACGACCAGCGUUGCGCCAAAUGGAAUCUUAGAAAUCAGUUCAAGAUCGUAGAGGCCAUAUAUAUGUAUAUAUAUAUUUAUGCAUUAUACACAUGUUAUACCUGUCUAAAACCGCAAAAACAAGGUUCAAUGUGUU